AUGCGGCGCGCGGAGCCGUACUUUAGGGGGCUCAUAAACGAGGACUUCGUGGUGCGGCGCGCGAACUACGAGGAUACUAAGGGGCGGUGCCCGCCGUACAUGAUCUACGUGGACCACGCGGCGCGUGACAUCUGCCUGGCGGUGCGCGGAUUGAAGAGCUCGCAGAUCGCGGACUACGAGAUUCUGCUCGACCAGAAGAAGGGCUCGGAGGUGAGGGGUGCAAUGCGGUGCAGUACGAAGAAGGGAGAGGGGAGAGGGAUUGUUGCUGGUGGGACUAUGGAGCGUUCUUCAAGGGUCCCACCUCCCCCCGCCUUCCCCUGCCCCUCGCCUUGCCUCUCCUCCUCCUCCUCUCCCCACAUUCCGCCCGCCUCCCCUCAUCCCUUCCAUCCGCACCGCAAUGCUCCUUCAACCUGUCGUCUCCACCUUGCUCAUUUCCCUUGCAACCCGUGCUCUAAACCGCGCACUCCACAUGCUGACACGCAACCGUUCCAUCCCCACUCCCCACCGCGUGGCAGCGAUUCGACUCAAACAUUCCCCUUCCCCUUCCCCUUCCCCUUCCCCUUCCCCUUCCCCUUCCCCUUCCCCUUCCCCAUCCCCCUCGUCUCCUGGCAGCGGUUGGACGGCGGGUUCGUGCACACGGGCAUGCUCAAGGCAGCCGCAUGGCUGCUGGACCAGGAGAUGCCCGUGCUGACAAUGCUCGCGCGCACCCACCCAGCCUACUCGCUCACGCUCACGGGCCACUCACUGGGCAGCGGGGUGGUGGCGAUGGCGACGGUCAUUCUGCACGCGAGCAGGGAGCGCGUGGGGUUCAGUGUGCGGCGCCUGCGCUGCUUCUGCAUGGCGCCCGCUCGCUCCAUGUCGCUCAACCUCGCCAUUAAAUACGCUGACGUCAUCAACUCCGUCGUGCUGCAGGUGUGGGCGUGGCAGGAUGACUUUCUGGUGCGCACAUCAGCACCUGUUCGAUCUGCUCUUGCUGCUGGCUUCUGUCUACCAUGCAUGCUGCUGUACAAGUACCAGCAGGACGCACUCAUCUCCACGGCCGACAAGCUAAAAGACCCGCGCCGCCUCUACGCGCCUGGCAGGCUCUUCCACGUGCUCUACCGCCCCCACAUGAGCAUGCAGCACUACCCACACCCAGUGGUGAAGACGGCGGUGCCGGUGGAUCACCGCUGUCCCCAUUCGCGGUUCUGCGCUCUCCUCUCGCCGUACACUCCCCGCCCUCUUUCCCCAACCCCCAUGCCCCUGUGUGAACCGCCUCAGGCAAUGGAAGCGGAGCAGCAGGAGCAGCAGACACCACCGGAGCAGCAGCGCAUGCAGCGCAGUGCCACGCUCAAGGAGCGGCGCGGGGAGCACCUGGAGGCGCUUGCACGGGCCGUGUCCCUUCACGUGGCCCACGCUGCUGACCCCUCCAGCCUGCCGCACUUGCAUGAUGAUGAACCAGAAGCGACGGAGGAGGAGCUGGUGGGGAAGGACGGGGAGGUAAGAGAGAGACAGGCGGAUGGAGGGGAGAAGGACGGAGUGGGGACGGAGGAUGGGGAGAAGGGGGGGUUUGGGGGGAGUGGAGCAGAGGAGGCGAUGGAGAGAGUGAAGGCGGAGGUAGAGAGGGUGAGAGCGGAGGUGGAGAAGGCAGCAGGGGUGGUGGCUGGCAAGUGGACUGAUAUCGUGGAUGGGUUGGUGGCUAAGGCAGCCGAAGAGGUGACCAAGAUGGCUCCUGGGCUGGCAGAGGACAAUGCCCAAGAAUGGCAAUAA